AGCUGUUCUCUUAGUAUUUUUUCAAAAAAUAAUAAUAUUGAGACAAAAUAGUUCAUUGGCAGGACUUCCGUGGCAGAUAGGGUGCUGGCCAUGGAGGCAAUAAAAGGCAGCCCAGAGGAGGAGAAGGCGGAGGAGAAGGAAGAGGAGGAGGAGGAGAGGGAAGGAGAGGAAGGAGGAGAGCCCCGGGGCAGAAGCACAGCCGCUGGCCUCCUCUCAGGACAGGACCCUGCUGUGUCUGACGCCCGGGACACGGCCUGCUUUGCCCCACGGAAGAUGGAGAACGAGGAGAAGGUCAUCAACAAAGGCGAGGAGGACGAGAUGAAACUCUGUGGCUACAGCUUCUGCCGGUGGAGGCUGGCGCUGGUGGCGCUGGGGAUGGUGCUGACGGGGGGCUUCCUGCUGCUGCUGCUCUACUGGAUGCCCGAGUGGCGCGUGAAGGCCACGUGCAGGAGGGCCCCACUCCGAGGCUGCCAGGUGGUGCUCCUCAGGACCACGGAUGAGUUCCAGACAUGGUUUUGCGCGAAGGUGCGCACCGUGCUCUCUUUGGGGCUCCAUCCACUGCAGACCCCAAAAUACGCGCCGGAGAAGGUGGCCAACGGCUGCAGCGAACACCUGUACGUCACUCCCUCCGACGAGAGCAGGACCGACCUGGGCAGCAGCGGCCCCAAGGCCCACCUGCAGGAGAUCCGGUGCUUCACCCACCACAGCAUGAAGUAUUUCUGGAAUGAUGCGGCCCAGAACUUUGGCCCCAUAAAGGGCUUGGAUGAGUCCACUUUCUGUUCGUCCAUCCAUAAGGAGCACAGCAGAGGGCUGACCAAGGGGAUGCAGGAUUACAGAAAAUUGUUCUAUGGAGUAAAUGAAAUUGCCGUGAAAGUGCCUUCCAUUUUUAAACUUUUGAUUAAAGAGGUUCUCAAUCCUUUUUACAUUUUCCAGCUGUUCAGUGUGAUCUUGUGGAGCACGGAUGAAUAUUACUACUACGCAGCCGCCAUUGUGGUCAUGUCUCUGAUAUCCGUGGUGAGCUCCCUGUACACCAUCCGGAAGCAAUACCGGAUGCUCCAUGACAUGGUGGCUGCGCACAGCAUCAUCCGAGUGUCGGUCAGCAGAGCCAGUCAAGGUGUGGAAGAGAUCCUUUCCACGGACCUUGUGCCUGGCGACGUCAUCGUGGUCCCUCUGAACGGGAUGGUCAUGCCCUGCGAUGCGGUCCUGGUCAGCGGGACGUGCAUCGUCAACGAGAGCAUGCUGACUGGCGAAAGUGUUCCGGUCACCAAGAUCAACCUGCCCAACCCCUCGGACGACCCUCGGGCCGCGACGGAUGAAGUGUACAGCCCCGAAGGGCACCGCCGGCACACGCUCUUCUGCGGCACCACCGUCAUCCAGACCCGCUUCUACUCUGGGGAGGUCGUGAGGGCCGUCGUUGUCCGGACGGGCUUCAGCACUUCCAAAGGGCAGCUCAUCCGCUCCAUCUUGUACCCAAAGCCCAUGGACUUCAAGCUCUACCGCGACGCCUACAUGUUCCUGCUCUGCCUGGUUGCAGUGGCAGCGGUGGGGUUCCUCUACACGGUGGUCAUCAGCAUCCUUCACCAGGUUCCGGCCGAGAUCAUCGUCAUCGAGUCCCUGGACAUCAUCACCAUCACGGUCCCUCCGGCGCUCCCUGCGGCCAUGACGGCGGGCAUCGUCUACGCGCAGCGGAGGCUCAAGAGAGUGGGCAUCUUCUGCAUCAGCCCCCAGAGGAUCAACAUCUGCGGGCAGCUCAACCUGGUCUGCUUUGACAAGACAGGAACCCUGACCGAAGACGGGCUCGACCUUUGGGGGAUCCAUCGGGUGGAGAACUCCAGUUUCCUUCCGCCGGAGGAGCAGCCCUGCAGCCAGGCCCUGGUCAAGACUCCCUUUGUGGCCUGCAUGGCCACCUGCCACUCCCUCACCAAGAUCGAGGGGCUGCUCUCGGGGGACCCCCUCGACCUCAAGAUGUUCGGAGCCACCGGAUGGAUCCUGGAGGAAGCGACGGAGGAGGAGACCGCCCUCCACAACCAGAUCAUGCCCACCGUGGUCCGGCCGCCCAAGCAGCUCCUCCAGGAGCCCAAGCCUGCGGCCGACGCAGAGAUGGAGCUCUUUGAACUCUCGGCCGGCUACGAGAUCGGGAUCGUGCGGCAGUUCCCCUUCUCCUCGGCUCUGCAGCGGAUGUGUGUGGUGGCCAGGGCCCUGGGGCAGAAGCGCAUGGACGCCUACGUGAAGGGGGCCCCGGAGGUGGUGGCCGGGCUCUGCAAGCAGGAAACAGUCCCCCGAGACUUCGAGCGCGUCUUGGAAGAAUACACCAGGCAAGGCUUCCGGGUCAUUGCUCUCGCCCAUCGGAAGUUGGAGUCCAGGCUGACCUGGCACAAGGUCCUGAACGUGGGCAGAGACACCAUUGAGGCCAACAUGGACUUCCUGGGGCUCAUCGUGAUGCAGAACAAGCUCAAGCCGGAGACCCCCUCCGUCCUGGAAGACCUGCACAGGGCCAACAUCCGCACCGUGAUGGUCACAGGGGACAACCUGCUGACGGCCAUCUCUGUGGCCAGGGACUGCGGCAUGAUCCGGCCCCAGGACAAGGUCAUCGUGGCCGAGGGGCUGCCCCCCAGGGAUGGGCAGCCGGCCAGGGUCAACUGGCAUUAUGCCGAUGCCUUGCCCAGGGGCCCCGACCCCCCGCCCACCAUCGACACAGAGGACGUCCCCAUCAAGACCGUGGCCCAGGGAGACGGCUUGGAGGACCUCCUUCCGGCGGCAGCCAGGUUCCACUUCGCCAUGAACGGGAAGUCCUUCGCCGCCAUCCAGGAGCACUUCCCGGAUCUCGUCCCCAAGCUUGUGCUGCAUGGCACGGUCUUUGCUCGCAUGGCGCCGGACCAGAAAACCCAGCUGGUGGAGGCUUUGCAAAGCGUGGACUACUACGUGGGCAUGUGUGGCGACGGAGCCAACGACUGCGGGGCCCUGAAGCGGGCGCACGGCGGGAUUUCCCUCUCGGAGCUGGAGGCCUCCGUGGCGUCGCCCUUCACCUCCCGGACCCCCAGCAUCGCCUGCGUCCCCAACCUGAUCCGGGAGGGCCGCGCAGCUCUCAUCACUUCCUUCUGCGUCUUCAAAUUCAUGGCUCUGUACAGCAUCAUCCAGUAUGUCAGCGUCACCCUCCUCUACUCGAUCCAGAGCAACCUGGGAGAUUUCCAGUUCCUCUUCAUUGACCUCGCCAUCAUCCUGGUGGUGGUCUUCACCAUGAGCCUGAACCCGGCCUGGAAGGAGCUGGUGCCGCGCCGGCCGCCCUCCGGCCUCAUUUCGGGGCCCCUGCUCUGCUCCGUCCUCUCCCAGAUCCUCAUCUCGCUCGGCUUCCAGACCCUGGGCUUCCUCUGGGUCCGGCGGCAGCCCUGGUACCAGCCCUGGACCCCUCUCCUCUCGGCAGACCCGUGCGGCAGCGUGCCCGGCGUGCCCCUCCUGGCCAACGUGUCCUCGCAGGGCAAUGCCACCCCCUCCCACGAUGAGCACAACAUCCGCAACUACGAGAACACCACCGUCUUCUUCAUCUCCAGCUUCCAGUACCUGAUCGUGGCCGUGGCCUUCUCCAAAGGGAGGCCCUUCCGCCAGCCCUCCCACAAGAACUAUCUUUUUGUGGUCUCGGUCACCAUCCUGAGCGCCGUCAUCCUCAUCAUCCUGCUGGGCCUGGUGGGCCCCAUCGACACCUUCCUGGAGCUGGUCUGCCUGCCCUCCCACUGGCGGGUCAACAUCCUCCUCCUCGCCGUCGCCAACGCCUUCGUCUCCAUCCUGGUGGAGAGCCUCCUCCUGGAGACGCUCCUCUGGAGGGUCCUCUUCAGCCGGGACAAGCAAGGGGAGCACCGCCUAGCGCCCUCCUCCUCCUCCUCUUCCUCCUCUUCCUCUCACCCGCCACAGGAGACCCUGGGCCGGUGGCGCUGGUGCGCCCUCCCUGCGCUGCUGCGCUCCCGGCGGAAGCCCCCCAAGUCCAGGUACGCCCACUUGGCCCAGGAGCUGCUGGUGGACCCCGAGUGGCCCCCCAAACCCUCCACCACCACCGAGGCCAAGGCCCCCGGCCACCAGAACGGGUCCUCCUGCCACGUCAUCACCGUCACGUAGCACACGCCGGCUCCCCUCCGCCCUCGGCUCCUGCGGCCUUCAAGGACCCGUCCCGAGCGUCUGGCCUGGACUGACCAGCCGCUUCCCUGUGGAGGGAGAACCCUUGGCGGCCCUUCGGUCUCUCUUUCCGUUGGAUUCCCAGCCCUUCGCUCCCCCUUCGAGGCCCACGUCCAGGCUGCACUUUGGGACACACGGUUCUGGGCCAGAGGGAGCCUCGGCCGCAUGGACACUCAGGAGCACCCUGCCUGGGGGUGGGCGAGGGGCCAGUCUGCUCUGCCCUUUGGAACUGGACACGGCGCUUCACCCCAAGUAACAGCAGGGCGGUCGGCGGCCAAAGCGAAGCCCGCUCUGUCCCUCCGGCUCUGUCCCCCCCUUUGCUCCCCCUUUGUCUGGGUGGGGCUCUGGGGGAGCCAUGCUCAGGACCCCCUCCCUCCCUCCCUCCCUCUCUGUGGGGGGCACACACCCACCCCCUUGAAAGCCUCUCCGUGGGGGGUCUGCCAAGCGCACAGCCCUCUGGGCCAGCUCUCCUUGCCUCUUGGCCACCGGCUGUGCCUCUGAGGGAGGGGCCCCUUCGCCCACCCUUCUUGCUGGCUCUGCUGAAGGGUGCAAAUGGGAUGUGUGUGUGGGGGGGGGGGGCAAAGUCAGUGUGGGGGUGGGGUAUGCAUAUCACGCGCAGCCUCUGCAGACUGCUGGGUCUGGAUCUGAAGAGGGACCAAGCUCUGUAGGUCCACAAGGGGAGGGCGGGGGGGGGCCUAUCCAGGGCUCUUGUUUUUUUUUGGGGGGAGGGGUCACAGUAGUGUAAGCACCAGCUGGUGGAGAUGGGCAGAGGAGCCCCUGCCAAGAAGGCCCCACAAAGCGGCCACAAGCGUUCUCUCACUUUGUACCUCGAUAGAAGGAGGGACUCGGCUGCCUUCCUUCUGCAGGAGAUUGCAGAGCCCCCCCCCUUGCACAGCAAUGCUAUGGGGGGGGGGAAGGGGGGAGGAGGGAUGGGGUCCCUACUUCUUUGGUGCCCCCAUACCAGCCCCCACGGCCCCCUCCCCUGCUGCCCAGAACACCUGGCCAGAAAAUCGACACCCAUGAAGCUAUGCACCCUGUGACCUCCACACUGUGACCCGCACAGCCCUGGGCCCCUUGCGCUGGCGCAUGACCUGCCUUCCUGCGUGCGCCUGGGCCCAGACGCCGGCCUUGAUGGGGCUCUAUUGGGGGGGGGGGCUGUGGCCUUUCCCUCCCCACUCCCAAAUCAGACGCACACAGAGCCCCCCCCCCCAAAAUGCCAGAGCUGGGCCAGUUGUGUCCCUCCAGGCCCUGCCCAGCUCUGCCCCCCCCCCCGUGGCCUUUGACCCUGAGUGGGCCUGACGGGCACCUUGCCUUUGGCGGGACCCCCACUCACUCCCUUGGAACGCAUGAGGUUGGGGGGGGUCCAGCGCUUGACCGGGGCCCCUCUGCCUGACCGCGGCCCCCUCCCCUUGACCACUGGGGUCCCCGUUAAAUUAUUCGCCUCCUUCCGACCCCCAGUUCCCCAAACGUUCUCCUUCGGGCAUGUUGGGAUUGUAAAUACGGCCGGUGGAAUAUUGUUACUACUAUUAUAAAUAUAAUUUUAAGAUAUUUUUUAUUAUUUAUGUGCAUCCGCAAAGGACUGGCGUGCUCGAGGAAGGAGCCGCGGUUAAAUUAUACUUUUUUAAAAUGAAGAGCCAGAUUUUUUUUAGAGGAUCGUCUGUCUGUCUGUCCCUCAGGGUUGUUUUCUCAAGAGCUCCGCCUCCCCCUCGUGGCCCCAAAGCAGGUCGUGGCCCUUGUGGGACCGGGGUCUGGGGGGGGGUAUGUGGACCGGCCCCUCCCUCUCUGGCCUUUGGGGCCACGCGUCCUACUGACAGGUAUUUAUGCGCAGCAAGGGAUGGGAUGCCAUGCGCUGACGCGAUGCCCGGUGGUCGGGGGCCGGUCGCGCAGGGGCAUCCGUUGCCUGUUGCAGUUUUUAAAGCGGAAGAUUUAACGAAAUUGCACUUGGUUUUUUCCCUAAUUUAUGAGAAAUAUUUCUUAACGAACUAGAGCGUGUGGGAGGGGAUUGUGCUGAGGGUUUCUCUCUGCCUGGAUGCGUCAAUCUACUGUCGGGUUAAUCUACUGUACUCUGCCGCGGAUGAGCUCACCCAUGUGUGUAUAUAAAGGACCCCUCUGACUCCGGAGGGGAGGGCUUUUCCGGCUCUUGCUGCAGGGACCCCCGCCCACCCCAACCCCCCCUCCCCCCCCCCAGGACUUUGCAAACCGGGCUUCUUCUCCUUCUCCUUCGUGACUUCAUCCCUCAAAACUCCAAGUUGCGAAAGCCAAGCGUCCGUCAAGGGCUCCUCGGUGGCUCCUAAUUGCUAGUUUGAUGCCAUAUAAUGGCAGCUUUGGGAAAACGGUUCCCCAUAAAGGCUGAAACCUUUGGGGGCGAUUACGUAAUUCCGCCGCCAGCUCCUCGGGCAAAGUCCCACCGCGGAGUCAGGGGCCCCGGGGGCUGCGGAAACUCCUCCGUGGAACACAUUUUGCUGCUUUUAUAAUGGUACCCGGUUGUAAUAAAGGCCUUUCUAUGUCAUUACGAGAAACAA